CGCGCCGGGCCUUGCCCCCGCCGGGCGCCAUGAGCCAGGGCGGCGGGGCCCCCGGCGAGAGCGGCGAGCCCGAGGCCAAGGUGCUGCACACCAAGCGGCUGUACCGAGCAGUGGUUGAGGCUGUUCAUCGACUGGAUCUCAUCCUUGGUAAUAAGGCAGCGUAUCAAGAAGUGUUCAAGCCAGAGAACAUCAGCUUGAGGAACAAGCUGCGGGAGCUGUGUGUGAAGCUGAUGUUCUUGCAUCCAGUGGAUUAUGGGAGAAAAGCAGAAGAACUACUCUGGAGAAAAGUUUACUAUGAAGUUAUUCAACUCAUUAAAACAAAUAAAAAGCACAUUCACAGCCGUAGUACUCUGGAGUGUGCGUACCGGACUCACUUAAUUGCUGGCAUAGGAUUUUACCAACACCUUCUCCUCUACAUUCAGUCUCACUAUCAACUGGAGCUACAGUGCUGUAUUGACUGGACUCAUGUAACGGACCCUCUCAUAGGCUGCAAGAAACCUGUGUCUGCAUCGGAGAAGGAGAUGGAGUGGGCACAGAUGGCAUGUCACAGAUGUCUGGUUUAUCUGGGAGAUCUAGCUCGCUAUCAGAAUGAACUGGCAGGUGUAGACACAGAACUGCUGGCUGAGCGAUUUUACUAUCAAGCCCUUUCUGUUGCGCCGCAAAUUGGCAUGCCCUUUAACCAGCUGGGGACACUGGCGGGGAGCAAAUAUUACAAUGUGGAGGCUACCUAUUGUUACUUACGCUGUAUCCAGUCUGAAGUGUCCUUUGAAGGUGCCUGUGGGAACCUGAAGCGACUGUAUGAUAAAGCAGCCAAAAUGUAUCACCAGUUGAAGAAAUGUGAAACCAGGAAGUUGUCUCCAAGCAAGAAACGAUGCAAAGACAUUAAGAGGUUGCUGGUGAGCUUUAUGUACCUGCAGAGCCUUUUGCAGCCGAAAAGCAGCUCUUUGGAUUCUGAGCUGACAUCUCUCUGCCAGUCUGUGCUGGAGGAUUUCAACCUGUGCUUGUUCUACCUGCCUUCUCCUCCUAACCUGAACUCAACUAGUGAAGAUGAAGAAGAGUACGAGAGUGGCUACUCUUUCCUUCCUGAUCUCCUGAUCUUCCGCAUGAUGAUCAUCUGCCUUAUGAGUGUUCACAGCCUCAAGAGGGCAGGUUCAAAGCAGUACAGUGCAGCCAUCGCUUUCACACUGGCCCUCUUCUCUCAUCUGAUAAAUCAUGUCAAUAUACGCCUGCAGGCAGAGCUAGAAGAAGGGGAAAAUCCAGUCCCAGCCUUUCAGAGUGAUGGCACAGAUGACCAGGAGCCGCGGGAGCCCUUGAACUCCAUUGAGAAGGAAACUGAAGCUGACUUGGCCAAUCACCAGCCCAGCGAGGAACAGCAGAAGAAUGACUGCAAGAAGAGCAAGAAAUACUCCCGCCUCUCUUGUCUGCGCCGCCGCCGCCACCCCCAGAAGGUGGAUGAGAGUGACUUGAGCGAGGGCUUUGACUCUGACUCUAGCCAGGGUUCCACAAAGGGCAGCGAUGGCUCAGAAAGUGGCUCAGAGAAGAGUGAUGAGGAGGCAGAAGCUGCUUUUGAUGUGGAGACGGACUCUGACAUGAACAGCCAAGAAUCUCGUUCUGACUUGGAGGACAUGGAGGACGAGCCGGGUGAGGAGGGAAGUGGCCGAGGCAAAAGUGGGCCCAAAGAGACCUUAAACUGUGUGGAUGGCAGUGGGCUGGGGGACUCUAAGAGCCCAAGCAGCUCUAAAAUUGAGACUCCAGAUCCAGCAAUCAAUGGGCCAGGGCCCCUGAGCACUAAUGAUGCAAGCAUAGCCAGUAAUCUCCAGGCCAUGUCUACCCAACUGUUUCAGACGAAACGUUGCUUUCGCUUGGCUCCCACUUUCAGCAACAUUCUCCUGAAACCAAACAGCGAGCCACCUGUCUUGAAGGAUGGAGUAGACAGCAAGCCAUGUGUCAAUGGAGAUCUGGAGAAGCCUGGCUUGGUAGAGCAAGACGAUGUAUCUGACUCUGAAGAAAGCAUUUCAAGCAACAGAUCCUGUAGGAAUGAGCGAUCCCUUCAGGAGAAGCUAGAGAUCGUGACCAAUGAGGGGUUGCUUCCCACUGUCAAGGUGUUCCUGGACUGGCUGAGGACAAACACAGACCUCAUCAUCAUGUGCGCGCAGAGCUCUCAGAGCCUGUGGAACAGGCUGUCUGUGCUCCUGAACCUUCUGCCUUCUGCUGCAGACCUGCAGGAAUCAGGGCUGGCCCUAUGUAAUGAAGUCAAGGACAUGCUGAGUGGCUCUGAACUCCCAGACCUGAGUGCCAACUUGCUGCUCCCUGAAGAUGUGGCCCUGCGCAAUCUGCCUCCUCUGAAAAACGCACACAAGAGGUUUAACUUUGAACAGGACCGACCCAUUUUCUCAGCGGUGGAGGAGUCUGUUAUUCGGAUUUGCUGCAUUCGGAGCUUUGGCCACUUCAUUACCCACUUGCAAGGCAGCAUCCUGCAGUUCAACUCGGAGCUUGGGAUCUUCAUCAGCAUAGCUCAGUCAGAGCAAGACAACCUGCUGCACCAGGCCCAAGCCCAGUUUCACAUGGCUGCAGAGGAAGCUCGUCGGAACAGGCUAAUGAGAGACAUGGCUCAGCUUCGACUGCAGCUGGAGGUUUCUCAGCUGGAAGGAAGUCUCCAGCAGCCCAAGGCCCAGUCAGCUAUGUCUCCUUAUCUCGUCCCGGACACCCAGGCCCUCUGCCAGCACCUGGCUGUUGUCAAGCAGCUGGCCACUAGUGGGAGGUUCAUAAUCAUCAUUCCCCGAACAGUGAUUGAUGGCUUAGACUUCCUGAAAAAGGAGAACGCAGGGGCUCGGGACAGCAUCCGAUAUCUGGAGGCAGAAUUUAAAAAGGGAAACAGGUACAUUCGUUGCCAGAAAGAUGUUGGGAAGAGCUUUGAGAGGCAUAAAUUGAAGAGACAAGAUUUAGAUGCCUGGAACCUCUAUAAAAUCCUGGACAGCUGCAAACAGCUGACGGUGUCCCAGGCAAGUGGAGAAGACGACACCACAGGAAUGGUCACCAUCAUCACGGGCUUUCAGCUGGAGGACCCAAGCAUGUUCUCAGUGCCCAUGCAGUCUGCCAUCCAGGCAGCCGCCAAUGCCAGCGUAGAAAUAAAAAAUGUUCUGGAGUUCUACAAGCAGUGGAAAGAGAUGGGCUGAUGUUCAGAAGGGGAUCGGGUUGGUGUACCUUUCUCUCCCCCUCUCGGAACGUGCAGCGUCUGAACGAAGGAAACAAAAAUCCAGGCGACACUUAGACACGAAGAAGCAGCAGCAGCAGCAACAACAAGAAAAAUGUCUACAAAAAAAAUUAAAAAAAAAAGACAAUCUGGGCACGCACACGGACACCCGCCACCCGCACCCCGACCAGACGGCUGUACAUCUCCAACAGCGCCAACUGCUCUGAGAAGAGAGAGGCACCUCGGCACGGCUGAGGCAGAGCUCUGCCCUUCUCCCAGUCAGCAGGGAUGGGCGAGAGACGGGCAGUCAUUCAUUUUCCCCCCUCCUUCCUCCCCAAAGCUUGCUUGGUCAUCUGAAACGGGCAGGCGGCUUCCAAAGUGUGGACUUCACUUAAAUGAAACCAAACCAGCACAGCAGAAAUGGAGCCCUGCUAGCUUGGGAAACGAGAGCCGAAGAGUGUUUAGCUCUUGCUUGGCAACCUGGUGACAGGAAAGCAGAUAUUUUUUCUUUUUUUUUCCCUUAGAGUUAAUUAUUUUUCAAGGGUUUUUUCUUACUGAUUCUUAGUUUUAUAUAUAUAUAUACAUAUAUUUACAUAUACAUAUAUAUAUAUAGAACUAUUAAAAAAAAGAAAGAAAAAAUGGAGUUCCUUUGGGGUUCUGGAUACUCAUCCAAUGUUAGAAAAGGAAACAAAGCUAUUUAAAAAGAGGGGGAGAACGAAAAAAGCUCUUAAUAUAAUUUUUUUUUCUUUUUUGGGGGAAAGAAAAACAUAUUUAUUUCCCUUCCUUGUCCCCAUGGAGCGGGCUCAGUGCAAAGGGAUUUCGGCCUGCAAAGAGAGAGCAGUCUGAAGUACCGCUGUGGGCUUCUUGCUAUCCUUGCUUUCUGUACAAGCUGUGUGCUUCAACGAGAGUUUGGCUGGGCUGCUGGAGAGAGGUGAAAAGGACUUUUUCUCCUUUCUUUUCCUCUUUUUCCCCCUUCCCCAGUCCCUCCCACUUCCUUGCUUUCAGCAUUAGGCCUUGGAGAAAAGGAGCUGAAUCCAGCAGAAUCGCUGGGAGAGGGAGAAGAGCCCUGUGGGAUUUAAACACCAAUAAGGCUCAACCGCUUGGUUUGAGUGCUGUGACCAUGGGAUGAAUGAAGCCAGCUCCCAAGGCCCAUCUCCCAAGGACCCAAGCCUCUUUUUUCUUUUUUCUUUUCUUAAAUCUUGCAUACGUGCAAGGAGUGUGGAGGAGGAAGGAGGAUCUCAAAGCCAUUAUCUCUUCUACUGGCUGUUCUGACACUGCUGCUGCUACGUCAUGCUAGAGAGGGUGGCAGAAUUCGCGUGGUCGUAUCCUCCCCACAUCCUGCUCCGGGGCAGGCAAAGGUAACGCAGGGACUGCUGUGGUCCAGGACUGAGCCCAUGAACUAUUCUGUGCUUCUAGCAUCCCAGAAAGAAGGGAAGAUGCUACCUGGGCAGAUGCUGGAAGAGCCGAUUCCCCCUUGUGCCCUGCAAGGGACCGAACAGACCUCCAACCUGGCAGCAUCUCAAGGGAACCUGUGUCUGACUUCCUGUGAUGCUGAUGCUUGGAAAUGAAGAAACAGGUUGCUCCCAAGACAGCUGAGCAGUGGGAGAUAGGCUGAAUGGCCUCUUCAUAGUUCAUCUGUGUGAGUGUACUCAAGAAACAGACGUUUCCAUCCACGUGAACUAACAGCAGCUAUGCAAGUAAAAACCACUAGUCUUCUAUGUUUGAUUGUUUUUUCACAUGGGCCAGCCAGAAGCUGCUAUAAAAGGGGCAUAAUAUGGAAAGACAAGUAACAUACUCCAAUGUGUGCAGACUUCCUAGCACGAUGCAUUGUACUGGUGUGGCAGGAUGUUCCUUUUUUUCAGGUUAAAAAAACAACAACAAAAAAACAAACAAAAAAACUCGGCACAAAUCCCAGCAAUUUCAGUUCCUUUGCAGCACGCAGUCCUGUGGCACAGGCAGAGAGAAAUGCGGAGCAUUAAGUUACAGCUGGAGCUGGCCCUACGUGCUUGGUUCACAUGCUCGAAAGGUGACCUGAAAGGCAGGUGGAGGGGGUAGACUGGCAGGGCUUCCCGCAGAUUUUUCCCUUUGCAGCGUCUCCUGACACUUGUGGUGCUUUCCUAGGCUAAGCCAAGGAAACAGCGGAAGUAGAAGGGCAGGUUAAAGAUUGGCUCGAGUUGGGCUUUCUUAGAAAUCUAAGAUGGACUGUGAAGCUUGGCAGUUGUGCUUUCCUCCAGUGCUAUCAGUGAUUUUUAUUUAAAGCCAUUUGUUUGCGUAGCUCAUUAUUUUUAUUGGAUGGGGAUGGGGGAAGGAAGAAAGAAUCACUCUGUGAGGCUCGUCCUUCAGUGCAUGAGCCAGAGCAAUACGGUGUGGUGGGGGAAAGAUUCGCCUCCCCUUCUGCCCCUCUGCUGAUGUGGAGAGUGCUGCUCAGCUAGGCUGAAUGAAAUGCGCUCCUUGUCCACCAGGAACCUGGCUCAGCAGGGUGGCUGGCUGGGGAGCUGUGCUUUUCUUCCUGCUGCUUAAGAAAACCAUCCAUCUCCUUGCUGUAAAGCAAAUCAGAAGGGUCUGCAAAGCCUGCAGCUCUGAGAUGUGCUUGAGCUGAAGCCCAGCUCUUUCGGCAGCCCUAAUUGUCAUUCUCCUUUGGUUGCGUAGUGCAAACUGUGCACUUGGAUUUGAUAAAGAGAAGGAUGUUAAUCUGAAAUGAGAAAUGCAAGGAUCUGGAGGUGUUUCUCAGCUUUGCCCUGGGCCAGGUAUUUCCUUGGCUGGAGGUGGAGAGGGAAAAGAGCAAUGCAAAGGAAGCAGCAACCAAAAGGGAAUGGGUCCCCUGGAGCUACAAGUGUCUUGGUCUGUGCAGCAGCCUGGGCUGCCUGUGGUGCAGGAUCCACGCUGGGCGCCAAGCUAGGCAGGGUCUCGGGGCACGUGCUGUCGCUGAAGAGGUGGGAGCCAGGGGCCUUGGCCCAGGGCUGCCUGGUCCCCUAAGGGAUUGUUUCGAUAUUACCCUGAAGUUUCGCAGACCUAGAGAGUAGGAAAAGACCCCUGACUGCCUUUCCGAGGGAAAUCGUAGUAACUGCCUCGCAGCAGCAUUCAGCCUGCGGUACCUUUUGGUUGUCCUCACCCUCUGGGCCGGUUAGGGAGGGAUUGUCACCUUUUUUAAAAGACACCUGAAAGAUCCCUUCCCCACCUUGCUUUACCCUCCAGAGCAUGCGACCGUGAUUCUGGAUUUUUGGGUGCAUGUCCCUGGCUGGAGAUACGUGAAAGGGGGGAAAAAACAGGAGAGUUGAGAAGCUCUGAAACAGCAAAGCUGCAAAGUGAGGCUUCGGGGAAGAGGGCAAGUUGUGUCCUUCCCCGAAGCAUUACCUUUUAGUGGAGGUUCAGCUUGGCAUCUUUUGAGUUCAGGGUAAGGGAAGACCCUUCUCAGCCCCUAUCCCACCGCUUGUGAUGAGCUGGAGCCCCCUCCCUGGCUAUAAAUUGCCCCAGCUCUGCCUUGAUGGCCGGAGCCAGUUUGCCCCUGCGUGGGAUUUGGUGCAUCGCUUCCACGUCCAAACCACGCAGCCAAAAGCCUGUCAGGGUGGUUGCUGAUGCUAAACACUUCUCCAAGGACAGGGAAGGCUUGAAGGGCGGGGGGAGGCUCCGUGGAUCCUGGCUCCUGGGCGUUGUGGUUGGGGUUUCCCUUGAGCUCACCGCGGCGUAGCGAUGCCGGCCGCAGGUACAGCCGCGAGCUGACUUGCCAGCCUAGUCCACCGUGCGAUGCUGGAGCCUCGGGAAGGCCAGCUCUGCUCCGCUGCUAAUCCAUAUGGUGCUACUCCUGUACCUACUCAAAGCUUGCUAGGACCAGCUCCAAGCUCACCCCUUAACACCCACUGCGCUGGGAAGAAAAGCGAAAAGAAAAAAAAAAUUGCUUUGUGGGCCGAAAAACGUUGUUUUUAAUGUGUUUUUGUGUGUUUCUGGGCCUUGGUUUUCUUUCCUUUUUGUUGCCCCUGUGGCGAGCUCUCGGAGGGUUGGGGGCGACCCUGUUCCCCGGAGAGCACGGGCUGCGGGGGGCUUGCGGCGGGUCGGGUUUCCGGCGGAGGCGGCGCGUCGGCCGCGGGCGGGAGCGGUGGGGCCGGUGCCCGGGGGGCUGGGGGGGUUCCUGCGCGCCUCUUCCUCCUGCUCCCGUCGUCGCUCCGCUCGGCUCCCUGCCGCCCGCAGCGCCUCGGGCUUCGCACGCGCGUCUCGGACUUGCAGCGGCCAGGUGAACUCGCUGCUCCGCGGCGGGCAGGGAUUGCGAGGAGGGCGAAGACGGGGCGGCCGCGGGAGCGGAGGAAGGACGGCGGCGCGGCGCCGGCUCCCGGGCCCGGCGAGCCCCGUGGCGAGGGGCGAUGGCCUCUUCCUCGCUGCCCCUUUUUGUAGCACAAAUUCCAAACCCAGCCCUGGCGCGGGGCUGCCGGGAAGCGCCGGAGCCCGACCCGGCCCAGGAGGAGCUCGGGGGCUCUCGCGGCGCGCGUCUGACUGUGAUCCCGACACGUUGACUGGCUUAAUAAAAUACGAGGUGUUUGUA